AUGCAGUCCGGAAAGACGCAGGGGAGCCGGUUACGGCCGGUGGCUGAUUCCCUCGAGAGCGUUGGAUUUGUGUCCAAGGGGGAUAAGAAGCUGCUCGACCACAAAGCCCAGAAAGACUACUUUGAUAAAGUCGUCGACCGAUAUAUGCGAUUUUGCGCGCACAACUCUAAGAACCUCGAUGCCGCGCUGGCAUCCCUCCCGACAAGCCGCUCGAAUGAUGCGACGUCCAACCCGCCCGCCGCUCAAUCCGCCGCGAAAACACCCAAAGGUGUACCACCACCCUCAGCUGAAUUGUCGACUCUGCUCCUCUCUCUCCGUAAGCUGCGAGAGGCUGUCCUAGCCACGGCCUCUACGACCCCGGUGGCUUUCUCGCAGCGAGUCCAUGUUUUCUCGAUCCGCCUGUCGAUCCUCGCGCAGCACCCGCCCUCGUAUUUUCCUUCCUUGCGAUACGUUCUGGACAAGCUGCAUUCUGCAUCGCACCCACUGCCAGAUUUAGAAAUCAAAGAGAUGAUAUCGUAUCUAAUUCUCGACUUUGCAUGUCGCCAAGGGGAUAUGGUAGCCGCUUUUGAAUUGCGAGCACGGGCGCGGAAGGAAUAUGAGUUUCAUUCGCAGACCAUCGACCAGCUACUGGCCGCAUUGAUGCACGACAACUGGGUGGUAUUCUGGCAGGUGCGCAAGAGCGUGGACUCUUACAUGCGCGCCGUAAUGAACUGGGCCGUAGAUGGGGUCCGCAGACACGCCCUGAAGGCGGUGGGCAGCGCAUACCUCAAUGUCCAUAUCAGCUGGAUUGUGGGUGGCUGUACAGGGGAAGACGAGGGCUGGACAUGGGAGAAGUUGGUUGAGACCGAGAAGCUCGGCUGGCAGAGAGAGGGCGACAAAAUUAUCAUCCGGCGGCCCAAGCAACGACCUCCGCCGAACCCGGAGCCGGCUAAGCCAAGUGCUUGA